GUCCUACUUUGAAGAACAGUGAUGGCGUCCUUGCGAAUAUUUGCGGCCGGCGCAAGUGCGGUUGGUGCUGGUGCCAUUACAUCUUACCUACUUGGAUGUGACUCGAUCGUACUGGCGGAAAAUGCCACGAAAGCAAGACCGCCGAAAAGGCCACUACCCUCUCGAGAGGAACAGGUGAAGACACUUAAAUCGAAUGAUUACGACGUCCUUAUCAUUGGUGGGGGUGCUACGGGUUCAGGAUGCGCGUUGGAUGCAUGCACCAGAGGUCUGAAGACGGCGUUGAUAGAAGGCGAUGAUUUUGCUUCUGGAACUUCUUCUCGAAGUACAAAAUUAAUUCAUGGAGGGGUCCGCUACCUACAGAAGGCUAUUAUGCAGUUGGAUGUGGAGCAGUACAAAAUGGUGAAGGAGGCAUUGCACGAAAGGGCCUCAAUGAUUCAAAGUGCUCCACAUCUCGCACAUCCUUUACCCAUUAUGUUGCCAGUGUACACGUGGUGGCAAAUUCCGUACUACUGGUUCGGCAUAAAGAUGUACGACAUCGUAGCUGGUACCAAAACCGUCAAGUCUUCGUACUACCUCAGCAAGACCAAUGCCCUUGAACAUUUCCCUAUGCUGAAGGGUGAUAAGCUCACUGGCGCCAUCGUUUAUUACGACGGUCAACAGGAUGACGCUCGAAUGAAUUUAGCUGUUGCUUUGACCGCUUCCCGACACGGCGCAACAGUCGUUAAUCACGUGACCGUCGUCAAUCUUCUGAAGGGUCUCGACAGAGACGGCAACCGCGUACUUAUUGGUGCUCAUGUGAAAGAUGAACUGACAGGAGAAGAAUGGGACGUUAAAGCGAAAGCAAUAAUAAACGCAACAGGACCCUUCACGGAUUCCAUUCGAAAGAUGGAUGAUCAUAACGUUAAAGAGAUUUGCAGCCCCUCUUCCGGCGUGCACAUCGUUCUGCCGGGUUAUUAUAGCCCUGACCAAAUGGGCUUGCUUGACCCAGCAACGAGCGAUGGCCGCGUCAUCUUCUUCCUGCCGUGGCAGAAGCACACCAUUGCUGGAACGACUGAUCUGCCCUGUCAGAUUACGCACAACCCUCGACCCACCGAAGACGAGAUCAUGUUCAUUCUUCAGGAAGUAAAGAAUUAUCUUAACCCAGAUGUCGACGUACGGCGAGGAGACGUUCUGUCCGCGUGGAGCGGCAUCAGACCUCUGGUCUCCGACCCUAAUAAGCCGAACACUCAGUCACUGGCUCGAAAUCACAUCGUUCACGUCAGCCCCACGAAACUUGUCACGAUUGCAGGUGGAAAAUGGACUACAUAUCGCGCUAUGGCUAAAGAAACUAUCGAUGCAGCUAUUACAGCUUGUGAUUUGACACCAGCGCGGGAGUGUCAAACAGAUGGUUUCCUACUAGAAGGAGCUCAUGGAUGGACGCCGACGGUAUAUAUACGUUUAGUACAAGAUUUCGGUUUAGAGUGCGAAGUCGCUCAGCAUCUGGCUAAAAGUUACGGGGAUCGCGCCUUUGCAGUCGCGAAAAUGGCAUCUCUUACUGGAAAACGGUGGCCCAUUAUUGGCAAAAAGAUCCAUCCGGAGUUUCCUUACAUUGACGCAGAGAUACGUUAUGGAUGCCGGGAAUAUGCUAGAACAGCCAUCGACAUGAUUGCUCGCCGAUUAAGACUUGCGUUCCUUAACGUACAAGCUGCUCAGGAAGCCCUCCCGGGUAUUAUAGAUAUUAUGGCCGAAGAAUUGCAUUGGUCGGAUACUGAAAAAAAGAACCAAACUAAGGCUGCAAGUGAUUUCUUGGCUAACGAAAUGGGCCAUACUGUGAAUCGCGCCUCGCGUGAUAAGCUUCCCAUUAAUCUCAGCAAGGACGAGAUCCAGACGUACAUUAAACGUUUCCAAAUUAUCGACAAAGAUCGCAAAGGAUACAUUUCGAUCAACGACAUCAGACGAGGCCUUAAGCUCUUCGGUGACAAGGAAGUUCCAGGAGAAGAGCUUCAUGAUAUCCUUUGUGAAAUAGACACGAACAUGAAUGGUCAAGUUGAGCUGGAUGAAUAUUUGCAGCUAAUGUCGGCAAUAAAGUCUGGUCAUGUAGCAUAUUCACGUUUCGCUCGAAUGGCAGAGAUGGAAGAAGCUCAACACGAACGAGACAUACUAAGGAAGCAGAUCAGUGUAGAAAGAUCAGGCGGUGGAUUGUAAAAAGUAUGAUGUAUAAGAGAAAACUUAUUUAAUUUAAUAGGAGGGUAUCAUUUAUUUUAGAUUUCUCUCCUACCGAGUUCAACUAAUUUACAAUUAUUUUUCUGAACCAGUGUUCUACUGUGUAUAUUUGCGUACAUACUGUGAAUAUAUAAAUCAAAGAAUAUAACUAUA